AUGAUGCGCGACGUGUUUGACGUUCCCUGCGAAACCUUUGUGCUAAAAAGCAAGAGUCCGUUUCCUGAAUGGGACCUGAAUAUACAGCUGAUCCAAGCAAUCAAAGCGAAUGUCAAGAACCAGAAACCCCAUCUCCUCGUGUUUUCGUAUGCUGGUCACGGAGUGGUCAACAAUCUGGACGGGCUGUCCUUUGCUAACCGGAAGGCCACGAAACUAGUUUCGUGGGACACAGUGCAACGUGAAUUCACCCCUCCUGGUGUACCUAUGGAUCUUUUCGCCAUCCUCGAUUGCUGUCAUUCCGGAAGUGCGCGCAGUAACUCUCCAUAUUCUACACACGUGUUAGCUGCUUGCAGCGGUCUAGUAUGGGCAAGAUCGCGUGUGCAUGGUGCAUCUUUCACACAAAGAGUUUGGAGAGCAAUCCAACCAAUUUUCAAUUCAGACAAAGUCUCUGUUUCGACCGACGAGAUCUUUCAAGCAGUGCAGAAAGAGACUCCAGCUGGUACCUAUAUGCCUCGAUUCUGGAAUCAGAGUGGAGUGAAGCCGAUCAUUUUGCCGUUCAAAGUCAAACCUACUUCUGGUCCUGAAAUUCAUUCUUCGGCAGCGUCAUCAUCUGGCCGUACGUCGAGCACACUACCUUCUAUGCCUUCACCAACACCGCCACUACCAUCCCACAAUCGAGAAACACAAGUGCUCGUCAUGCUCAUACUCGAAGGAAAGGCGACGGAUGUGGUACGGGAUUUUCAGAACGUGAUCGAAAGAAUGCCCGCCAAGUUUCAAAUGAAGAUAACUGACGCGUUUGAGACUAACGCAUCAGCCAGCGUGUUUGUUCGAAUGACGUGGGAAGCAUUCGCCCGUUUACUCUCAACCGUCGAUAUGGAACCGUUGCUUCCGGUUGUUGGGCCAUCGCUUAUUAGGGCUCAGCUUCGCGAGGUCCCCACUGUGCCCGCAAGAGAGAACCUACUAUUCAGAGAAAGGGCUCAGCGAAAAUCAUGA